AAAACACACAACGGACAUUAACAUCAUGAGGUUUUUCAUGUGUAUUUUAUUGUUUUCUGUAGAAAUGUUUCGUCUUGAUGGAAAGUAUGUAAAGAUACAGUUGACAAAUACAGUUAUUUAUCAUCAAGAACCUCUCAUUAUCCAGUGUUUACCAAAUGAACUAACGAAUGAGGAUGUCAUUUACAGUUAUCUGUUAAGUAAACAAGUAGGAGAUUUGACCUCUGACAUAUUGCAAAUAUCAGCCGACAGGUCGAAUCCUCCUACAUUUCAAAAGAUUACUUGGUACGAAUCUAGUCUGCAGGGCCGCGGCAACACGACUGGUACACAACUUGUGCCAUCAGCUAACUCAACAUUGAUGUUAACAGUGAAAGCAACAGAAGUUUCAUGUAAAGACAGUGCCAAAUUUAUAUGUAAAGUUGUAAUUUCUGGUGGACGAUCAGCUCAGGAUUCUGCUCAACUGAAUGUUGUAGUCUCUGCAUCCAAAAUAAGCUUGGAGGACGUAACCGUUCCUCAUAAAUCUAUAUACGACCAUGGCGAUACUGUCGAAUUAGCUUGUCAUGCAACAUUUACAGCACCGGCGUGUCUUCGAUGGUGUAUAAAGAAGCAAACUGAUGAAGACUUUUCUGAACAUGUGAAUACUAUUAACACGACUGGCAUGUCGUAUGACGGUUGCCAAUACUACAGAGAAUCUACAUUAGAAUACAAUGUGACAAAGGACGACACGAAAACAAUAAUUGCAUGUGAUUUAGCAACUACAGCUCAUUGUAGUAAUUUAUAUCCUAAAGAAAGCUCAAUUAUCAUAGGGAAUGAAAUCGUAGACUUGGUAGACAUCCAAGUUCCUCAACAUCUUUUGUAUAAAAAGCAAAGUUUAUCAAUAUCUUGCAUAUCAAAGCCACUUCUCAUGAGAGAUAUAAUAUCAGGCGUGUCAUUGUAUAAGGUAGCCGGUAAAAGUUUGACUUUGAUACUUGAGGCUCGACAUGAUAAUAUUUUACAAAGAUCAAUAACCAAGUGGUAUGAUCCGGAUCUUCAAUAUAGGGCUAAUCUGGUGACAUCUAUUAUUAAUCCAAAGACAAAUGCCACACUAAAGAUAGAGAUUCCGUCUUAUAAUGUUAAAUGCAGGGAUGCAUCAACGUAUCGUUGUGAACUAGUACUUUUUGGAAACAAGUUUAGUGUUAGUCAACGUUCGCUGAGUAUAAUGUCAAGUGCACAGUAUAUAGAAACAAAAAUAAGUACACCCGUUGCGCUCAACAAGGAUGAUAUUAAAAUAGAUUGUUUGACCUGGAAUUUUGAAACAAAUGACACUAUUGCAGAAAUAGUUCUUUCGAAAUUAGGAAGCAAUGGCUUAUCAAGAAUUAUUGCAGCGGAACUUAGUUUUUCGGAGGGCACGAAACUGAAGUGGUAUGACAUGAACUACAAAUCGCGAGCAGUGGUUUUAUCAGCAAGUGUUUACCCAGCUUCGAGCGCAAAUAUUAGUCUUCAAAUACCGAAACUUAAUGUUAGAUGUUCCGAUGCAGGAUCGUAUGUAUGCGAAGUGAUUUCUAUUGGCGAUAAAAACGGGAAAAGUACUUUGAGUCUUAAUAUAACAGUUCCAAGUUCUGAAAAUUUCACUGUGGAAGAAAUUACUAGCACAUCAUCAAUUAACACUUACACAAUAGGGAAAACUAUCGUAUUAAAAUGUGGUGGUAAAGUUGGUAAUCCUCCUGGUUUACCGAUAUGGUGUUGGAAGACGUCGCAUGACAUUAACUACAUGGAAUAUAUUGGCAAUGAUAGUUUAAUGAUAUCAGUAACGGAUCCUAAGCCUUUUGAGUGUCAGUUUGAAAGAUUUUCGGUUUUACAGUAUAAUGUGUCGGUUGACGACAAACAUACAGAACUAGGUUGUGUAAUGUCAAGCGAGGGCUGUGCCACAUUGAAACCAACAACAGCGUUUGUCAUAAACGGCUUAAAUCCAGAAAUUGACAAACCAACAGGAACAAACGGAUGGAAAACAAGUACAACUGUCCUUGUGGUUAUUUUGAUCAUUGCUACGCUUAUACUAAUCAGUUUCGGUGUUUGGAAAAGGCGUCAGAUGAAAAAGAACGAGUCUGAUGUUUAAGCACACCUCAUCAUCUUAAAACUAUACUUCUGUUAAUAUGAAUAUAUAUAUGACUCAAUUCUUAACAUCAAAAUGAACAUAACAUGUGCUCUACAUAAUAUCUUUGAUUAUA